CAUUGUUGCCUCCCUCCUCCGCCACUGCACCGGCCAACAACAGACCCGGGUUCUGUCAAAAUUCGUGGAGAAUGAACACGAGAAAGUGGAUCGCAUGGUUGAGCUGCACUUCAAGUACUAUGAGCGCGUUCAGGAGUCCAACCUCAAAGUGGAACGCUUCCGGCAGCGCCUCCUAACACACCCAGAGAUAACCCCGGAGGAGGUCGAGGAAGCCGUCAACAUAAAACGCAUGGACAGUGGCCUUCUCUCCCUCGAACUCGUCGACAUCUCCCUGUUGGCCAUUUUCGUAAACGGCCAGCCC